AUGGAGCCUCCCGUGGUGAGAUCCAGGGGUCGCCCGCGCAAACGGAGAAGAGAAGAGGACGGAAACGUGGCCGGCGAUCCAAGAACGCUUCCCGAGGCGAAAAAGGAGCCUCCGGUUGCACUGGUUGGUCGAUACGUGCUGAAAGAGUUCCGCAGGAACACCGUUCUUCUCGGAAAAGUAGCGCGCUACGAGCGCGGAUUGUACAGAGUCGUGUACGAGAGUGGCGGAUUUGAGGAUUUAGAUAGCAGCGUGAUUCGUAGGAUACUUCUCCUUGAUAGCUAUUUCGAUGAUGAUUUGAUUCGGAGGAAGGGCGAAUUGGAGGAAGUGAUGUUGCCGAAGAUCGCGGAGGAACCAGAGAGAGGUUCGAGCGAAUUGCUCGGCGAUUUAUCGGUUGAGAACGGAGAGGAACGAGAUGAAACGGACGAUGAGUCGGGCGGUGAGGCUAUGGAUUUGGGUUCCGAUGCCGAAACGCCGACACCUUUUCCGCCAACGCUGCCACCGUCUUCCGGAACAAUUGGCAUUCCGGAAUCGUGCGUUUUGAAUCUCCUUUCAGUUUACGGAUUUUUGCGUUCGUUUAGCAUUUGCCUGUUUUUAAGUCCGUUUACUUUGGAUGAGUUUGUCGGUGCUUUGAACUGUAAAGUUUCCAACACGUUGCUUGAUGCUAUUCACGUUUCGUUGAUGCGUGUUUUGAGACGUCACCUUGAAAACAUUUCACCAGAUGGUUCGCGGCGUGCAACAAAAUGCCUCCGGUGCAUUGAUUGGAGUUUGCUUGAUGCUUUGACUUGGCCUGUUUUUGUGUAUCAGUACUUAGCCAUUUAUGGAUACACAAAGGGACCUGAGUGGAAAGGAUUUUAUGACGAAAUCUUUUAUGGCGAGUACUAUUUAUUGCCUGCAAGUAGGAAAUUGGUGAUUUUGCAAAUUCUCUGUGAUGAUGUUUUGGCAUCUGAGGAGUUAAAAGCUGAAAUGAACAUGCGUGAAGAAUCAGAGGUUGGGAUUGAUUAUGAUAAUGAAGAUAACCUUCCUGCUGAAAUUGUGCCAAGAAGAGUUCAUCCAAGAUAUUCAAAAACUACUGCCUGCAAGGAUACUGAAACUAAGAAGUAUGUUUCAGAAUUGAAUGCUGAUGAUGUUGAUGGAAAUGGAGAUGAAUGUCGCCUAUGUGGCAUGGAUGGGACCUUGCUUUGUUGUGAUGGUUGUCCUGCUGUUUAUCAUUCGAGGUGUAUUGGUGUGAUGAAGAUGCAUAUACCAGAUGGGGAAUGGUAUUGUCCAGAAUGCAAAAUAAAUAUGAUUGGGCCUACAAUUGCACGGGGAACAUCACUUAAAGGGGCUGAAGUAUUUGGAAAGGAUUUGUACGGGCAAGUUUUCAUGGGUACUUGCGACCACUUACUGGUGGUCAAUGUCAACAGUGAUGAAUUUUGUCUUAAAUACUACAAUCAGAAUGACAUUCCUAAAGUUCUCCUAGUCCUUUAUGCAUCUGAGCAACUUAGACUUGUGUACAAUGGUAUUUGCAUGGCGAUGUUAAGAUAUUGGAAUAUUCCAGAAAACUUGUUGCCACUUGGUGUCACAAGUGUACCACAAGUAAACUUAAUAAAUACAAACACAGAUGUGAAACUUCUUCCCAUGAUUGAUGAAGAGCAACAACAAGCCGUAAGAUCAGUGAAGGCAGAAUACAGUUUAACAUUUGGAAAUGGAAUUUGUAGUGAUAAUUUGGUGCCAUCUUUUGAUGCUUCUUUGGUUACAACCUGUAGUCCUGCUCCUAGAAGCUGUGACAAUAAGAGAACUACUGUGAAUUUGAAACUUCAUGAGGAAACUGCAAUGAAUCCAAUGGUUUCAACUAUUAACCAUCAGUCACAUCCAAAGUGCGAAAAUCCUGUUAACAAGUCAGCUGCAGUAGGCCCUUCUAAGUGCUCUUCAGUAAGCAACCAAGUUAAUAAUUAUGGGCACACAAAUGAUAGGUUGCCUAUGAAUUUGUCUUUGCAUACUAAAGGUGACCAAUCUGGUUUUGGAAAGUGCAAAGCCAGUUUAACUAAUGAUUUUGUGUACUUUGGUUGCUCCUAUAAACCACAGUCAUACAUUAAUUGCUAUAUGCAUGGUGAUUUUGCGGCAUCUGCUGCUGCUAAUUUGGCCAUUCUUUCUUCAGAGGAUUCUAGAUCAGAGGGUCAUGUAUCUGACACCUUGGGGAAAGCAACAUCUGGAAACACUUAUUUACUAGCAAAAGCAUUCUCCCUAACAGCUUCACGCUUCUUUUGGCCAAGUUCUGAAAAGAAGCUUGUAGAGGUUCCAAGAGAGAGGUGUGGCUGGUGCCUUUCUUGUAAAGCCCUUGUUUCAAGCAAGAAAGGAUGCAUGUUAAAUCAUGCUGCUCUAAGUGCCACAAAAAAUGCAAUGAAAAUCCUUUCUGGUCUUGCUCCUGUAAGGAUUGGAGAAGGAAUCAUCCCUAGCAUUGCAACUUAUGUUAUAUAUAUGGAGGAAAGUUUACGUGGUUUAAUAGUUGGGCCCUUUUUAAGUGAAUGUUAUAGAAGGCAUUGGCGAAAACAAGUAGAACGAGCCACAUCAUUUAGUCAUAUAAAACCCCUUUUACUCAAACUUGAGGAGAACAUUCGAACAAUUGCUUUUUGUGGGGACUGGGUGAAGUUGAUGGAUGAUUGGUUGGCUGAAUUUUCUACAAUUCAAAGUGCUGCAAGUACUCUUGGAACUACACAGAAAAGAGCAACAUGUGGGAGGCGUAAGAAACAGUCAUCAAUCAAUAAAGUUACAGCUGGUGGUUGUCCUGAAAAUUUUGCUUGGUGGCAUGGUGGGAAGUUUUCCAAAUCUGUAUUUCAGAAAGCUGUUUUGCCAAAAUCCAUGGCAAGAAAAGCAGCCCGACAAGGUGGUUCGAGGAAAAUUUCGGGUAUAUUAUAUGCUGAUGGCUCUGAGAUUCCUAAAAGAAGCAGACAGCUAGUUUGGAGAGCUGCAGUCCAAAUGAGUGGGAAUGCAUCUCAGUUGGCCCUUCAGGUCCGGUAUCUGGAUUUUCAUGUCAGAUGGAGUGAUCUGAUUCGACCAGAGCAUAACCUUCUGGAUGUGAAAGGUCAAGACACUGAAGCGUCUGCUUUUAGGAAUGCAAAUAUUCAUGGAAAAAAAAUUGCGGAGGGCAAAAUUUUCUAUAGAGUAGCCUUUGGAAGCCAAAAACAUCUUCCUUCUCGGGUAAUGAAAAAUGUUGAAAUAGAGCAAGGACCUGAAGGAAAGGAAAAAUAUUGGUUUUCUGAAAAACGCAUUCCUUUAUAUUUGGUAAAAGAGUAUGAAUUACGCAAUGGACAAAUGCAAUCUAAUAAUGAGUACCUGCACAUUACAUCUCAGUUGCACAAAAGGCGGAAUGCUCUCAAGUGCAGGGCCUGUCAAGGUUAUUGUCACUCGGGCUGUUCUGUAAGUUCAACUGUCUCUACAUGUGAAGAAGUUGAGUUCUUGGCCACAUGCAAACAAUGUCAUCAUGCCAAAUUACUUACUCAAAAAGAGUCUUGUAAUGAGUCUCCUACUAGUCCCUUGCUCUUAGAAGGACAAGAAAACAGCACUUCAGCAGUUCUGAAGGGACCAAGGCCUAAAUAUGAUGAUCAAGGAUUGGUGUCUUCUAGGAUGAAAAACAGUCGAUCUGACAUGAAACAAGUUGCUUAUGAUUUCCCUUUCAAAACAAAAGGCCGUAGCAAAAGUUGUUCUUGGGGUGUUAUUUGGAAAAAGAAGAGUAACGAAGAUACAGGCUUUGAUUUCAGGCUCAAGAACAUUCUUCUAAAAGGAGGUUCAAGCCUGCCUCAAUUGGAGCCUGUUUGUCGGUUGUGCAAUAAAACAUAUAGGUCUGAUCUAAUGUAUAUCUGCUGUGAAACAUGCAAACAUUGGUAUCAUGCUGAAGCUGUUGAACUUGAAGAGUCCAAACUUUUUGAUGUGCUGGGCUUCAAAUGUUGCAAGUGUCGCAGGAUAAAGUCACCUGUGUGUCCUUUCUCCGAUUUGUAUUGCAAGAUUCAAGAGGGAAGGAAGUCUUCAAGGGCUUCAAAGAAAGAGUACGUCUGGGGAGAUUCUGAUUCUGGUACACCUGUUUACACAAGAACAAAUGAAUCUGCAACUCCUAUCUAUCCUACAGUGGAUGUCUCUAGACAGGACAAUGAUCCUCUGCUGUUCUCCCUUUCAAGUGUUGAGCUGAUUUCAGAACCCAAUUUAGUUGCAAAUGUUGCAGGUAAUACUGUCUCUGGGCCAGGACUUCGGAGAUUACCUAAACGUGAGAGGGAGAAUAAUGAUGAUUAUUAUAGAGGUAAUCUACAUGCUCAAUUUUCAACCAGCAAUGAAAUGGUGUCCAAAUCUGUAAAAGAUUUAUCACCUGUAGAAUAUGGCACUGCUGACUGCACUCUUCUGAAGGACCCUGAAACUGUAAAUUAUGAUGAAUUCGUUGAUUUUGAACCUCAUACCUUCUUCUCGCUGACUGAACUGCUCCACUCAGAUGAAAAUAAUAGUCAAUUUGAGGAAGCCAAUGGAUCUGGGUUCUUCUCGGGGUAUUUGAAAAAAUCUUGUACAUUAGGUGUUCCUGAUGAAUGCGGGACUGUCAGUUUAGCUUCCAACUGCGAACCUACAAAUUUGUUACAAGUAAACAUUAACAGUUGUAGGCAAUGUUCACAAAAGGAACCAGCCCCUGAUCUCCAUUGUGAGAUUUGUAGAAUUUGGAUUCACAGCCAAUGUUCACCUUGGGUUGAAUCACCAUCUCAGCAUGCAAGUUGGAGAUGUGGUGAUUGCCGGGAAUGGCGAUAG